UCUGGGGAGGGGCGGGGCCGCGGCCCUGACAGCGCUUCUGGCCCCCGCGGCCAGCCACGUCCCUCACGUACCGCCGGCCACAGUGCCGAGCGGCGAGGGGGGCCGGAGACUCACCUCCUCCGGCCGGGCUCAGCAUGAAGCUUACGCGUUUGCUGCGCGGGGCUGCCUCGGCCCGUCCGGGGCCUGGGCCGCGCGCCACCCACCCCAGCGCCAGCCGCAGCCUCGCCUCAGACUCGGGCACCGGGCCUGCGUCGGACCGAAGCGUACCGGGCCAGGUGGACUUCUACGCGCGCUUCUCGCCGUCGCCGCUCUCCAUGAAGCAGUUCUUGGACUUCGGAUCAGUGAAUGCUUGUGAAAAGACCUCAUUUAUGUUUCUUCGGCAAGAGUUGCCUGUUAGAUUGGCAAAUAUAAUGAAGGAAAUAAGUCUCCUUCCAGAUAAUCUUCUCAGGACGCCAUCUGUUCAACUGGUACAAAGCUGGUAUAUCCAGAGCCUUCAAGAGCUUCUUGAUUUUAAGGAUAAAAGUGCUGAAGAUGCUAAAGCUAUUUACGACUUUACAGAUACUGUGAUACGAAUCCGAAACCGACACAAUGAUGUCAUUCCUACCAUGGCCCAGGGUGUGAUUGAAUACAAGGAGAGCUUCGGGGUGGAUCCUGUCACCAGCCAGAAUGUUCAGUACUUUUUGGAUCGAUUCUAUAUGAGUCGCAUUUCAAUUAGAAUGCUACUCAAUCAGCAUUCUUUAUUGUUUGGGGGAAAAGGAAGUCCAUCUCAUCGAAAACACAUUGGCAGCAUAAAUCCAAACUGUGAUGUAGUUGAAGUUAUUAAAGAUGGCUAUGAAAAUGCUAGGCGUCUGUGUGAUUUGUAUUAUAUUAACUCUCCUGAACUAGAACUUGAAGAACUAAAUGCAAAAUCACCAGGACAACCAAUACAAGUGGUUUAUGUACCAUCCCAUCUCUAUCACAUGGUGUUUGAACUUUUCAAGAACGCAAUGAGAGCAACUAUGGAACAUCAUGCAGACAAAGGUGUUUACCCCCCUAUUCAAGUUCAUGUCACACUGGGUAACGAGGAUUUGACUGUGAAGAUGAGUGACCGAGGAGGUGGCGUCCCUUUAAGGAAGAUUGACAGACUCUUCAACUACAUGUAUUCAACUGCGCCACGGCCACGUGUGGAGACUUCCCGAGCAGCACCCCUGGCUGGUUUUGGUUAUGGGUUGCCCAUAUCACGUCUGUAUGCACAGUACUUCCAAGGGGACCUGAAGCUAUAUUCCUUGGAGGGCUACGGCACAGAUGCUGUUAUCUACAUUAAGGCUCUGUCAACAGAAUCAAUUGAGAGACUCCCAGUGUAUAACAAAGCUGCCUGGAAGCAUUAUAAUACCAACCAUGAGGCUGAUGACUGGUGUGUCCCCAGCAGAGAGCCAAAGGACAUGACAACAUUCCGUAGCGCCUGAUGCACUUGGGACACCUGGAAUGUCCAAGUGCGGUCCUGAUGUUAAAUUUGGAAGAGACGUUGUUCAGAACUAUACUAUACCAAAUACUUCAUGUGUAGUUUUCACAAUUAACUCUGGGUAGAAUAAAUGGAAACUGAAUUUUAUUUGUGCCUCUUAUCCCUCCUAAGGGUAAGGGUACAUCUAUUUUACAUGUAUAUUUUCACAGUUAAUUGAACAUAUUUUUUAAACAACUGUAGUUUGGUCAACUUUGUUCUUUAUGGUAGACUUCAGAAUUAUAGAAGUCUUUGGGUUAUAUAAGAAAUGGCUACUUUAAAAAAAAAAUAUAUAUAUAUAUAUGUUUCACCUGUGUCUACUAGAAACAUUUUCUAAAUAAGAUUAGCUGGUUAGCUGUCUUUCUGUUAUUUGGAGUUCUGCCAUCUUUUAUUAGUACUGACAAAAUGCUCUUCAUGUUUGUCAGUAACCAGCUACAAGUUGAGCAUAAUGCAGUUGUAGGUGUAGAACCAGCCUCGUUUCAGCAUCUGUGUACAUUGUCUUAGCUGAUUCAGUAGAUUAUUUUUUAAAUUGAUUGAAAAUAGAUGCUGAUGACUAGCUUCCUAUGGAGCUAAGGCAAGAUCAUGGCAGUCUAUUCCAAGAGUGGUUGUAAUUACUGCAAGAACAAACUAGCAGGUACUAAAAUUAUAGAGAAUAAAUUUAAGGCAAAGCAUCAUGUUCCCUGAACUGAAUUAAUCAGGCGUUGAGUUUACCUGGGUGAACUUUUGAAAACAGUAAGGUUUUUCUGAGUCCCACUCUAGACAUAAUCUGAACCUCUAGGACUGGAGCCCAGGGGUUUCAGUUUUUAAAAUGUUUCCAAUGUGAGUCUGAUUUUUGCGUAAUUAGAACUGCUCUUUUAAAGUGAAUUGCUCUGAAGUAACAGAGAUCUUUAGGUUUUGGUUUCCACUUAUUAAAAGGUCAGAUUUCUAGAUCGGUAAGACACAAACUGAUUCUCAGACUUGGUGCAGUUAAAUGCAUCAUUAGAAGCAAGAGAACAAAAUACUGCAGGAGAAUUGUUUGGUACCAAAGGAUCACCUUGUUUUUAGUUUAAGAGGCAAGAAAGAACAUAAAAUAUCCAAAUUCUGUUAUCAGGGAAAACUCAGCUUACAUUUAUUAUAACAUUUUUUUUGCAUUUGUAUAGUAGUGUGUAAUUUACAAAUACAUUGAGAUAUUAUUAGAACAUUGUUGGUCUUCAAAACAAAACCUGAAAGAGCAAGUGGUACAAUGUGACCUAGAGACUCACAGAGGUAGAGCCAGAGCCCAGACUGUCCCCACUGAUCACAGCAUCCCCAGGCAAGAGGCUGUGAACUUCACUCCUUGUCUUUUAAAGUGGUAGGAAAUUUACUGAAACUAUACAUUAUAUAUGUGUAUCAAAUUAUCACACUGUACCUGUUAAAUAGGUACAGAUUUUUUAAAAAAAUCAAAUCAUAUACCACAAAGUAGAAUUCUUAUACCUGUCAGGAAAAAAAAAAAUGUAUCUAAGUGUGUAGAUUUGAAAGGGAGGUUAGUGUUAGUCCUGGCCCUCGUAUAAGAGAAGACCACGAGACUCAGAGACCUGCAGUGGCUCAGGGCUUCGUACUUAAUCUGACUCACUGCUGAAGAAGAUUCACACCUUCCCUUGCUUACUACUGUUCCCCAGCAUGGAUUUUGUGGGAAACAGUAAAAUGCGUUAAUGCUUGACUUAUAUUAGUUCAGUGCAUUACAGUUUUUUAGCUUUAAAUUUUGCCUACAGGAAUGAAAUAUUUUAGAAUCCUUUGACUUAAAAUACUCUUUGUAAAUGAGACAUUUGUACAACUAAACUUGAUGUUUUUACUUAUGAAAUAGUCUUUCCUACCCCAAGAAAAUUGUUUUUUCUCUGUAUAGUUAAGAGCUAAAAAAUAAUGUUUUCAAAGGAAAAGUGAAAUUGUUUUCCUUUGGCUUUUUAAGGUUAACAUCUUUUUACUUUGUUGUUAUGGUAAUGGUCAAAAAUAAUUCUGGGAGAGCCUUUUCCUGUUUGGUUUUGAAUCACUGAGCUACCCAACAGUUUUUUAGAUUCUUGUAUGCACUCUUGUCUACUAGCAUUAAUAUUAGGCAGGGUAGAUAUAAAAAUAUGUUGAAAGUCAAAAAGUGGAUGCUGACUUUUAUAACCUGGGCAGUUAACGUGCCAACAUUUUUUAGGAAGAGAUAGCAAAAAUUGUCUGCCAGGUACUUAAAAUGCCUGCUGGCCUUUGAUGUCUCCAUAACUAAUAAUAAUAACUUUCUUGAACUGUGAAGUUUUUACAUAAAGAUAUUGAAGUGGAAGUCUACCUUAUUAUUUUGUAAAAUGUCUUCUGUAUGGCAAUAAACUGAAACAUGGAUCAACUCUUAA